UCACUCGCGGCAAAAACUUCGCUCAAGAAAGGCCCCUUCAAUCUAUCGCGACGCUCGCGGGGAUUCUCGUCGGCCAGAAGAGUGAUGGCGGGAAACUUUUGGCAAAGCUCGCAGUAUCAGCAGUGGCUGCUGGACCGCCAGGACUUGUUACGCGAGCGUCACAGCGACCUGCAGGUGCUGAGCGAGGAGGAGUACCACAAACUUAUGAUCUUCUUCGCCAACUUCAUCCAGGCCCUGGGCGAGCAACUCAAGGUGAAACAGCAGGUCGUCGCCACGGCCACCGUCUACUUCAAGCGCUUCUACGUCCGCAACUCGCUGCGCUGCGUCGAUCCGCUCCUAAUGGCGCCCACUUGCAUCUUCCUCGCGUCCAUGGAAGAGUUCGGCGUCAUCUCCAACAGCCGCCUGGUGACCACCUGCCAGACGGUGGUGAAGAACAAGUUCUCGCACGUCUUCCCGCAGGACUUCCCGUACCGCAUCAACCACGUGCUCGAGUGCGAAUUCUACCUGCUCGAGAUGAUGGACUGCUGCCUCGUGCUGUACCACCCGUACCGGCCGCUGGUGCAGUACGUCCACGACAUCGGUCCCGAAGACAGCCUGCUCUCGAUGGCCUGGAAAGUCGUGAACGACUCGUUGCGGACCGACGUCUGCCUCCUGCACCCGCCGCAUCAGAUCGCCCUGGCCUGUCUCCACGUCGCCUGCGUCAUCCUGCAGCGGGACUGCAAGCACUGGUUCGCCGAGCUGAACGUCGACAUGGAGAAGAUCCUCGACAUCACGCGGCAGGUCCUGGGACUCUACGACACCUGGAGGAACAUGGACGAAAAGAAGGAGCUGCCUCCCAUCCUAGCCAAGGUCCCCAAACCCAAGACGCAACCUUCGAGACCUCCUUCCCAGGGACCCAACGACCAAAACGUGACGCAACAACCCAGCUAGCCCCUGACGCCAGCGGCGCCGGACUGCUUUCAGCGCGAUGCUGCCGCUAAACAAUAGUGAAAAGUGCGUGAUUAGAAACCGCGCAACGCAAAAACGUGAUGACGAAGAAGACACGAAGACAAGUGCCUAAGCUAUGGCUACAGAACGUCCGGUUUGCAAUCUGCGAUUUACUUCGUGACACAAGGAGAAUUAGUAUUUUAUUCAUCAUCAAAAUUCUGUGAUUCUUCUCCCUAGUUGAUUGGACUUUGUAUAAUUGUGUUAUAGCUAAUGUCUAUUUUAUAUAAACGAGUCAUUCACUUUUGCUUGAACCCUAGGCAACAGUUUCAUUCCUUAUGCUUCUUUAAAAAUUUUUACCACUAUAUUGUUGAGUGCUAGUUUCACUAUAUUGUUGAGUGAAUCCCCUGUAGUGGAUGUGAGCCAAGAAGUAAGGUGAAAGCAAGCAAGACGAGUGUCUUCUUCAGAGUCAUGUUUUUCAUAGCACCGUUUCAUAAUCAUGAACCCGUACCAACACGCACAACUAUCAGUGUAACUGAUUAGCGAAACGCCCUGUGCGUAGCAUCCGUGCCAUCAGCUGCAGCUACGCCUCGAUUACUGGGCCACCUAGCCUGCGGUAGUUCCUGCACGCCGACUUUUCCCUGGCUUCGUUUUGACGUGCGACAUUUGUGAACCUCCUUAGUGUGUAAAGACUGCAUUCACUUUGCCACUGUGAUGUGACUUUUAUGUGGCAGUGACGUGAAAUAGUGUUUCAAUUCAUUGUUCAUCACCUUCGAUCAUCGUUGUGACACGAUACAGUGUGUAAUUUUCAUUUAGAACGCACUUGUCCCGGUCCAUCUCAUUUUAGAAGCGCACUUUGGAGACACAAGAUUGUACGGGUAAUCUUGCUUCUGCUUGCAAUAUUGAGGUCAUUCGCUUUACUGCCACGGAACAUGCGUCUCACAUGAAGUGCAUUUUGUGGAAGUCAAGCGGUGAUGCUCUGCUCAAUGUAGAGGUGACUUGUGAGAACGACAGAGAAUGCAAGAAAGCAUGUGUGCAUAGGUUCCGGAAGAUAUUAAAAGAACAACAGGUUUUCAAAAGCACAGUAAGGCCCCAUUAGCUUAAAGCGGUGAAAAUUGAAAAAUAUUUUAAGAUAAGUGGAGUUUCCAGGUUGAUAAAUUCGCUAAAAUAUGAGCGUAAUCAACACUAGACGAGGCAAACGCGGUGGUUUUCCAAUACAGUGCUGGUAACCGCUGGUUUUUUCACGAAAGCUAAGUGUGCCAGCUGAUCAGACUGUUGACCAAACGUGAAAAGCACAAAUAAUUAUAAUAUCUAGGGUUUAA